AUUGUAAACAGCGCGCUUAUUGUAUUUAUUCACAUUCCUAAUACAUAGCUGCACACGUGACAUAUAUGGUGUUUAUGAUUAAAGGCCAAGAUUGGAGUGAUGGAAAAUUUUGUGUUGUACGAUGAAAUCGAAAAGACUAACGAGCAGGUUAUCUAUAAAGCUAGACGAAAAGGAACCAUUAAGUAUCUAGCUGUCGCUUGUGCUGAAAAACACAAAAGACCGGUUAUAUCGAAUCAUGUUAGGGUAUCUCACGAACUGAAGCACAAAAACGUACUUCAGUUUUAUGAAUGGUAUGAGACUAGUAAUCAUUUGUGGCUUGUAAUGGAGCUGUGUACAGGUGGAAGCCUUGAGCAAGUUAUAAAGGAAGAUCGAUUCUUAAGCGAAAACGUGGUUAGAAAGUUUGGAGCAGACAUCGUUCGUGGUUUGCAAUAUGUCCAUUCAAGGGGAGUAGUUUUCAACCGUCUGCUACCUUCUCGUUUCUUGCUAGAUGGCAAUGGAACCGUCAAGCUGUUCGAUUUCUCGUUAGCACACGCAGAAGAUGAAAUCUUGGAUGAACUCUUGGUACAAUUUUGUGAGGAAGAUGAUUAUAAUCAGGGUGAUUUUCUUCGUGGUAUAACUGCGCAUUCAGAAUACGAUUCUCCUGAAACCAUACUUCAGUAUGUAAAUUCAAAAUCAUCUGACUACUGGGGCCUUGGUUGUUUGUUCUAUAACAUGUUUUUUGGACAUCCUCCCUUUUCCGGUGAAUCACAGGAAGAGCUGGACAGAAAUAUUUUAAAUCGUGAGCCAAAUUAUUCAAAUCCCAAUGUUAGCAUUCCACCAUCUUCAUUAUUCAAAUCUCUUUUAACUUUACUUUUGACUAAAUCUUCUUCUAAAAGAAUAAAUGAACAUGAUUUAAUCAAACAUCCAUUUUGGCAUCAACGAAUUUCUGUGACAAAUUCUGUUGAUCUAGUUGAAGAUAAGAAUGUUUUAAAUAAGGCUCCUGUAGAUAAUAAACAAAUGGAAUCAAAAUGUUAUGUAAAUGGUAAAACCAAUUCAACAACUGUUACGUCAUUUCCAUCGAAAAAUAGUGAAGAUACACCAAAACUAUCACAUUACAAUGAAAAGUCAAUGAAUACAACAACAGAAGGAAAUGAAAAGCCACAAUCAUUUGAUUCGGCCAUUUCUAAUUCGGAUGCUUCAAUUUCUUCGCUGGCACCAGUAAGUGAUAGUGAACACACUAUUGGUGUGGUUACUAUUCCUACACAUAAUAACACCGAUACUAAUUAUUGUCAUCUUGAUCGACAAGAUAUUAGUAGUAUUGUUGCUGCUAAUACUAAUACUACGAUUACCACCAUUACUACUACUAAUACUACUACUACUCCUACUCCUACUACUGCUACCUCUACUACUGAUACUACUACUCCUCCUCCUCCUACUACUACUACCACUAUCACUAGUACUGCUAUUAAUAACAGUGCUAAUAAUAAUAAUAAUAAUAAUAAAAAAUCAAACUUACCAUGUCAAAAGUUAAAUGAACAUAUGAUGACUACAAAUAAUCAGUUGGUUGUAAAUAAUUCGAAUAAUUCAGAUAAAUCAAAAACAAAGAAAGAUUCAUUUUCUUCUAAUGAUAGAAUGGUUCAAAGUGAAUAUCAUGCAUACACAUCAAAUUUAUCUCAAACACAAGAAGAAAUUUCCAAAAAUAUUUUCAAUUUAACACGGCAUACUUCACUGGCUAAUCAUGAUGAAAAGAAUUAUACAAUUAAUUUAGACUCAGUAGAAAUGUCAACUUGUAAAUCAUUACGUUUAAGAGCAAAUCUAGCUCUUAUCUAUCCAUGGGGUGAUGAUUCAGUUAAUUUUCCUCGAGAAACAAAAUCCAUUGCUGAAUUAUGGAAUUUAUUUACUGAAAAUAUUAAUAACAACAACAGUAAUAAUAGUAAUAAUAAUAAUAAUAAUAAUAAUACUAUUAUCAUGGAUUCAGAUCAAAAGAAAUUUGUAAAUGGACAUAUUUUAAAUUCAAAUUUUCAAAAUAUAUGGAAACCGAAACCGUUAAGUGAUUAUAUACGUUGGGGUCGGAUUAUGCCACCAACGAAAAUUGAUGGAUUGACACGAUUAUAUGAUCCAAUUUCAUUGAAUACUAUAUCAUCGUUAGAAGAUUUGGAACAACAUAUUUGUGAAGUUGUGAAUUUAUUUCGUACACGAAAUGCCGAACCUACCGAAACUAUAUCAAGUCGAUUUUCCACUUUUCGUGCAUCACCUAAUCGUACAGUGAUGAAAAGUUAUCGUACAAAUUUACUAGCUUAUUUAAUAUGGUUAAUGGCUAAAUCAAAUUCAUUUACUAAUGGUAAACGUCGUUUUUCUACUGUCAAUACAACGAGUCGUACUGAUUUAAUUGGAAUUCAAUUAGCACCUGAUUUAUUAAUUGAAUUAACUAAACAAUUACGAUCUGGUACAACUUUACCAAAUGAUGUACGAACAGGAUUAUGUCGUUUGUGCAGUCUAGUGUCAUAUUAUAUUGGUUUAUUUUUAAUUCAAUUAAAUCAAUAUGAAACUGAUGUGGAUCGUUUGAAUUUGAUUUCACACAGUACUGGAUCGUUAUUUUCUAAUUGUUUAACUGUUUUAAUUGAUAUUAUACGUGAAUCAUCAUCACGUUGUAGUUUACGUUUACGACAAGCAGCUGUUAUUGCAUUGGGUGAAGUUUUAAGCUGUUGCACUUGUUUAUUAUUGUAUGCUUAUCGAAAAUCCAAUACAAUAUCGAUAGAUACACAAGCUAUUCAAUGGCAAACUGCUGUUCAUCAUUUAAUACGUCUUGUAACAACAACUACCAAUAUAAAUACUAGUAAUUUAGGAUCUAAUUCUACUAAUAAUGAACCUAGUUCAAUUUUGGACGCAUUUGACGGUACAGUUAUACGAAAUGUGGAUCCUACUCUUGGCAGUCGUAAUUCACUUGCCAGUGAAGAGAAUUCAUGUACAAAAAUUACAGAAUCACAUAUUCGUUUAAGUGCUGCAAAAUCGUUAGAUGCUUUUGUUACUGCAAUACAUGGUUGUCAACUUUAUGAUAUAUCUGUAAGUGGUUCACUUAGUGAAUCUAUCACAUCCUGUUUAAAUUCAAUUACAACUGGAGAUAUUGUCAGUCGUUUAUGGUCACAAGGUAUUGCUGAUUCUAGUACUAAUCGUGCUGGUGUUAAUCCUAUUCAACAAGAACUUACUUUAUCAUGUGCAAGUGCUUUAGCAGGAAUUGUACGUUUAAAUCCUAAUCUUUUUACAACUGGAUUGAUUGACAGAGUUGGUUCAUCAGCAUUUAUUGGAUUGAUCGAACCACCAGCAUCUGGAUUAGCUUGUCAACAAACAGAUUUAAUUAUUAUCACCAAUUUGGCAUCAGUAUUUCUUGGUGAAUCUGACAUGGCAGGUUCAACAGCUAGUCUAGUCGAUCUUGAACGUGCCUAUUCAGUUACUUCAAUUGCGAAUGAAGAUCCUCCGCCUCAAUUGAGAAAAUAUGACCGAAUGUCUUCAGGUGUCUAUGAGAGACCAGUAAGUGCAGAUGCAGAUGUUCUACUAGGUGGAGUGUCUAAAACCAAGAAAUCAGAUAGAAUGCAAAACUUUUCCAAUUUAAAUCAUGUUAUGCCAUCUCGAAUGACUACGUCACAAUAUACUCUUGGACGUGAUCCAGGAAGUAAAUCACGUGGUUCUAAUGGAACUACAAACACCGGUGCUAUUUCUAAUCAAAUUCGAGUGAAAAAUAAUCGAAUCGAUCCUAAUCAAAAUUCUGACUGUAUUGGUAGUGCUAUCCAACCACCUUCUCCAGAUGUUCUUCUAGCGCUGUUUGAUGUGGUCAAUAAACUUUUAAUCCCUUAUGGUAAUUCAGUCCUCACAUGUCCUGAGAUCACAGCUCCAACUGCAUUUCUACGUUUAUUAUGCUUAUUAUUAAAAUGUGCUUCACAAGAUUGUUGUAAUUAUUAUUUAAAAUAUUCUUAUUCCAAUCAUACAACAUUGACUACACCGAAUUCACUUUUACUUAAUAAAAACUCUUCAAUAAUAAUACAUAAAAAAGAUGAUGAUAGUUAUGAUUCGACUAAAGAAUUUAUUCAACAAUUAAUAACAGAUGAAAUACAAUUGUUUAUUAUGAAUUUUUCCACUUAUGGAUUAGAUAUUUCAUUAGUACGUUUAUUAGCUUCACAACUUUUAACAUCAUCGCAUCUAUCCUCCUCCUCCUCCUCAGCAUCAUCACAUGUUUCAUUAUUAAUCUCACCUUUAUGUACUACUACUACUACUACUAGUAAUAUAGGUUGUUCAGAGAAUAAAUCACUACUGUAUUCAUCACCAUUUUCAGCAUCAUCACCUACUGUGACAUCAAAUCUAUGCCUUACUUUAUUUGAAUUAAUACCUUUAUUAUUUCAUUGGUCUAAUUUAUGUAAACCAGAUUAUUUAAUAAUAAAAUUACGUUUAUUAGAAUUAGUUACAAUUGCUUGUUUAGAAAUUGGACAAAUUUUAGUACCUGAACCAAAUUCCAAUCAUGAUGGUGAUGGUGAUGUUGAUGAUCAGGAUAAUGCAAAACAAUCAAGAAAUUAUUCAAAUAAAAAAUAUUGCCAUUCUGGAAAACAUUCAGGAGCAAACCAUCGUAUUCCUAAACGUUAUAAAUCUCCUUUUAGUAAUCCUUCGGCAAAGUCAGAUUCUAAUCAUUGCUCAAUUCGUUUAUUGCCUGCAACAGAUAACGUAUGUAUACCAAUGCUUGCUGCAUUAGGAGCUAUGAAUGCACUAUUAAAUUAUGUUGCUGAUGUUGUACGUUUAGCUUUGGCUUCACGAGCUGCAAAUUCUCCUGAUGCUAAAACUACCGCUGUUGCUGCUGAAGAAAUUUUGAUUGCUGCUAGACCACAUCCAAAAUUGGCUGGUUUACUUGCUCGUUUAAUAGGUUUAUGGCGACCACAUCAAUUGCCUACAAUUCAACCAAAUGUAAACGAUUCUGAUUUACAUAAUUGGACCCAUUUAAUAUCAACAUCUAUUCAAGAACAGAAUUAUGAAGAUGAAAUUUGUUUUCGUUUAUGUGAAGCUUCUAUUACUGCGCUUACUAAUUAUGCUUCAUUAUAUGGUGGUGAAUAUUCACGUAGUGCAUUAAUACCUUCAUCAACUGAUCGUUUAUCAUUAGCUUUAUUAAGAUUAGCUGAAGAAGAUCAACUUCUUCAAAUCAAAUAUCAUAUAUCAAAAGAAACAAUGAAAAAUUCUUAUGAUUCAUUUAAUUCUAAACGAAGUACCUAUUGCAGACGACGUAUGCGUCUUCUACUUCGAAUAAUAAGACGUUUAGUAUUUUCCGAUCCUGUUUGUCGUUCUCGACUUGAUUCUGCUAUGAAUUCAAUGAAAUGUAAUACUAAUUUAUUCACUACAUUAAAAUAUCUAUUAGUUAUAACACAACGUUCAGCAGAUGCUUCAACAAGUAAAUUAUUGAAAGAAAUUAUUGAUCUUUUAUCGCCUAAAGUACAUUCGAAUCAUGAUAGAAAUGCUUUAAGUACUGAUAGAGGUUAUCAUAGUCGUUCUAAAACUGUACAACCGGAAUCUUCAUCAAAUAGAAUUGUGCCAAAAGCUGUUGCUUAAUUAAAAGAUCCUGUUACUACAUUUUGAUCAAAUUGAAAUACACGUGGAUUAGCCCGCAUUUUCCCUAAUGCUUCCCUGGUAUGUAUCAAUGAAUUUCGACGAAACUAACGAAUCCUUCCAAUUGUAUAAGAAAUGCUGUUUUAUUGUCCGCUGACUUUUCUUUACACAAUGUUUCUUCAUUACUUUUGUUUUCCACUUCCUCUUGUUUUUUUAUCCCCAAGAAAAUUCCUUUGUGGAAAGCAAAAUGCAGUAAAACGACUAACUUUUGUAUAUACAUAUGAAUUGUUUUUGCAUAAAGAACCGUUAUUGGAGCUGAAAGCAAUCAGAGACAUGUGACAAGACUGAUCAUUUGAAUUUAUUGAAAUUUGUAACGUUUUUAAAUCAACCAUUUUUUUUUAUAUUUAUGUAUGUAUAUUGUAAAAAGUACACACACACCCUGGAACUAUUUGCUUUAAUGGUUUUUCAUUAUUUUAGAUUUUUCUUAUUUGUUGCUUUUUUUAUAUAUAAAUAUCUACACAAGUGAAAAAUAUACAUGUACUACUACUUUGCAGUGCAUAAAUAAAAUAAAUUAAUUGAAC